AUUAAGACAACAAAGAACAACUCAGCAGUGCAAUUAUUAAGUCAUGGCGAUGAAUCGGACAUUGUUUAGAGGAAGCGUUGUGACAAACCACGUUGUGGCCAGAAUAACAUCAAGACCAAACCUGUGCACGAGAUGCCAACAAAGAUGGAGUUCGGUGUCCCAAAGACCAGGUUCAGAUCGUGUACAAUUUCCAGGAGCAGUAAAUUCGAAAUUUACAACAGGCCUCAAGUUUCAACGAGCAAGCGAAGAUGAUGCCAUGCCCACAUACCGUAUCCUAGACCAAGAAGGCAGAAUUGUCGACGGCGCCCAACAGCCUCCUGACAUUACCGACUCAGAAGCCAUCCGUCUCUACAAGGACAUGGUAAAUGUCUCCGUCAUGGACGUGAUUAUGUUUGACGCUCAACGUCAAGGCCGUGUAAGUUUCUACAUGGUCUCCGCAGGAGAGGAAGGCAUUGCCGUCGGCAGUGCCAGCGCUUUAAGCCUGAGCGAUCCCAUCUUUGCACAGUAUCGCGAGACCGGCCUCUUUCAAUACCGCGGAUUCACACAUGAUGAUUUCAUGGCGCAGCUCUUCGCCACCAAGGAUGAUCCCGGUUUGGGAAGGAACAUGCCCGUGCAUUAUGGCAGCAAGAAGCUUAACAUGCAUACCAUCAGCAGUCCUCUGGCGACACAAAUUCCUCAUGCUGCUGGAGCAGCGUACGCUGUAAAGAUGCAGAACAUGCAAAACCCCAUGGACGAGCAACGUGUUGUGGCGUGCUACUUCGGGGAAGGUGCCGCAUCGGAGGGAGAUUUUCAUGCUGCCCUCAAUAUCGCCGCGACAAGGUCAUGUCCUGUGCUUUUUGUUUGUAGAAACAAUGGCUUCGCCAUCAGCACGCCGACAUUGGAGCAAUAUCGGGGAGACGGCAUUGCUUCACGCGGGGUUGGUUACGGCAUUGAUACAAUCCGUGUCGAUGGCAAUGACAUCCUGGCUGUACGCGAGGUGACUCGUCAGGCCAGAGAACUUGCACUCAAAGAUGGCGGUAGACCAGUCUUGAUCGAAGCAAUGAGCUAUCGCGUCUCUCACCACAGUACUUCUGACGACUCCUUUGCAUACCGUGCCAAAGUCGAGGUUGAAGAUUGGAAGCGACGAGACAAUCCAAUUACACGCUUGCGUAAAUGGAUGGAGGCAAAGGGUAUCUGGGAUGAUGAGAAGGAGAGAAAUCUUCGCGCUGAUGCACGUAAAAGCGUGCUGACUGCCUAUCGCAAGGCCGAGAAUGAGAAGAAACCGCCCCUCAGCUCGCUCAUGAGUGAUGUCUAUGCUGAGCCGACAGAAGAGCAGAAGGAGCAGAUGGCCAAGCUGCGUAGUCAUCUUGAGAAAUACCCGGAUGAGUAUGACGUGUCCGAAUUCGAGGGGGGCAUGGAGGGUUUGACAUUAGAGAAGAAGUAAUAAUUUCAGAGGUCGUCCAGGCCGAGAUUGUUCACGGUGCCGAGGAAUUCUCCAGUUUUGCCUG